CUGGAUUUUGUAUUUGUGCUAGUAAAGGUUUUGUUUUCAAGGUUGACAUGAACGCGGUAAACCGAUUGUAAUAUGCCGAGGCAGCGUUCAUACACUUCAACCGAACAGGACAAGGCAAAGUCAGUCAAUAAAGAAUUUUUUAGUAAGCAAUACAAAUUCUUGAAGACGUAUAUCCGAAGUACUGGCUCUCAUCCUGUUCUCAACUCAGGAAUAUGCUCAUCACAAAGUCCGGGGAUACCUGGAUCUCCUGCUUCAUUAGCCGCAAAGAGAAGGGUCUUUUAUCAAGAUGACAAUGGAAAAAUUAUCAGCUUAACUAAAUCAAGGAAAUCUUAUCAUUCCGACGGCAGUAAGCUGAUUUCUGAUUCGAAAAGUAGAUUGGUACUGGACUUGUCCUCUUUGGGGCUUGACAGCGUUUCUCCGGACAUUGGAAGUCUCAGUCAUUUAAUAGAGCUUUUUUUGUAUGAUAAUAAGUUAACAUGUCUUCCCUUGCAGAUCGGACUUCUGAAGAAUCUCCAGAGAUUAUGGCUCCAAGAAAACUCCCUCACAUUUCUACCAGAUGAGCUUGGUUAUUGUUCAAAACUAACUCAUCUUGAUAUCAGGCACAACAGGCUUGAAGGUUGCAUUCCUGUUGUUAUAACAAAAUUCACUUUAAUGAAACAACUCUACCUGACUUACAAUAAAUUAACGGAUAUAUCUGCUAUUGGUAAUUUAUGUCUUUUACAGACAUUAGUAGUGAAAAGUAAUCAAUUGCAAGGACCGAUUCCAGAUUGUAUUGGAAAUCUUACGCAAUUGAAAACUCUGGAUCUGUCGAAGAAUCGUCUGACCAAAAUUACUGAAAAUAUAGGCAAUUGUAAAUUGCUAUCCCGUUUUCUUGUGGAUUAUAAUCAAAUAGAUGAAUUGCCAAAAUCAAUUGGUCAACUUUCAGAACUUACGGUACUAGGAAUUAAAUAUAACUGCUUAAGUGAACUCCCAGUUACAAUAUGUAAUUGCGAGCAAUUGACCGAACUGAAUAUUGAAGGCAAUCAUAUAACUCAGCUACCGGAAAAUCUAUUGUGUCAUUUAAAAGAUUCACUUUCUGUAGUACUAUCUCGUAAUGAUUUCAAUUCUUUCCCAAUCGGUGAUAAAACUCAGUAUAAAAAUGUCAAGCAUUUGAGAUUGGAUUAUAAUCGUUUAGAAAUAUUCGAAGCAGUUCAGUUGUCAGAAAAUACUCAAUUGACUACACUAAACUUAUGCAACAAUAACAUUAUUACUUUGGACUUUACAGGAAUAGAAACAUUGAAACAUCUUGUUGAAUUAGAUCUUUCUUAUAAUCAAAUUGGUCACCUACCUGAUUCAAUUGGCGAGUUAGUAUCUUUAGAAAUAUUAGAUUUGACUAGUAAUCGCUUAGAGGGAUUACCAAAUAGAAUUGGCGAAUUGGUUAGAUUAGUACAAUUGGAAUUAGAAUCCAAUCAAAUCAAAUCAAUUCCUUUAAACAUUGGACAAUUAUGUCAAUUACAAACACUUAAUUUAGAUGUAAACAAGUUAUCUAGACUUCCGUCAACCAUAGGAAAUCUGAACAAUUUAAGGAAACUGAGAGUGAAAGACAAUCUUCUUCAACGUUUACCACCUGAAAUCGGCAAACUGCAGAAUUUAACACAUUUGUAUCUAUCAAAUAAUAAGCCAUUGGAUUUGCUUCCUAUUGAAUUAGGAAUGCUGCCUUCUCUGCGAUUUCUGGGUAUUGAUGGUUGUAGUCUCAAACAAAUGCCUGUUGAUAUAACAAAAAAUGGAUCAGCCUCCGUCAUUAAGCAAUUAAUUCGGAUUCAUAUUUAUUGCAAUCCAAUGGGAUUAAGAACCUUUCUCUGUACUGAAUCUCUUACUGUCUGCAUGAAAUAUCGAUUGAGUGAUGAAACGUACAUAUCCGAAACACCUGUUUUGGUCUUUAAUAUACCACUGAUCCAAACGUUUAAAGUCUGUAGUGGUUAGUACUAUAUCAAGACCACAUAGGCUAUUCUAGCUUUUGGACAGAUCAAUCUAUUCAUUCUUCUCAAGUCACAUUUUGACCUUAUCAAUUAUUCGCUUGUUAGCUCUAACUGUUUUUAUAUAAUCGUAUGUAUGUUAAUUGCUAGCUCUAUUCGUUACGUGUGUGUAACUUAUUUUUGUCUGAAUAUAAAUGUUGAGUCACACUUGAUCAAAUUGAGUUGGCUCACUAGCCUUUCUGAUGCUCAUCACUUCGUUUCUCUAGUUGUUUGUCCGGAUAAACAUUUGUUUGAAAUAUACGUAUUCUAAUAUUUAGCUUAUUUAAUUCCAUUAUUCCUUAACGCGAUUUAAGUCGAUAACUAUGUACUAGGGUAGCCGGGAUGUAUAUUUGGAUAACAAUCAU